AAGGAAGUAAAAAAUACAUGAACUACAAUGUAUUAGCUAUAUUACUCGCGUACUAUAUAUAUUACGCCAGCGGACGUCCAGAGUAAAACUUUUUACAGUCACAAUAAAAAAUUUGAAUUUAAGUUACGAAAUAACCAUUUGUGCUGCAAUCAGUAUUUUUCGUUCGUACAAUGAGCUAGUGUUAAGUAACGGACGUGACGGCUACGAUAAAAUGCGAGAAAAGCGUUUGGAGGCAUGAAAGACGUGCGCUUUGUUCAAACUAACUGUAGUUCAUAAGAGCUAGCUGAAAUAUGAUCAGUAAGCAAAAAUGUAUAGUCAUAACACUGAUUAUGGUCACAAUGAGGCCCGUCUACUUGCAGUACCCAUUUCCACCGCCAAUGUUUCCGAUGCCGCCGCCUCCAAUACCGGUGCCAGUACCGGUACCCGGGCCCGUGCAAGUUGCCCUGUUGCCCUUUCCCUAUCCAGUCUCAGAGGAAACUACAACAACCGCCAAGUCAACUACAAAAAAGUCAACUACAAACGGCUUUUGGCCAAAUGAUGGUGAUGGCAUGGCUAUAGCUUUUCCUGUUCCAAUGCCAAUGCCAAUGCCAAUGCCAAUGCCAAUGCCAAUGCCCUUAAUGCCAUUAAUGCCUCCCCCUAUGCCUCCGCCUAUGCCUCCACCUAUUCUACCUCCAUUAUGUACGAAGAAUAGAUCGUGUCCAUCUCGUCCGCCUCCUUGUCCGAUGCCCGCUCCACCAUUCCCGAUACCGAUGGCUCCUCAACCUGCUAUUAUCUUCCCGUUGCCUCGUUUUCCUAAGAAAAAAAAGAAAGAACCAGAUUGCAGUUCGUCUUCAGAGAGUGAUACUAGUAGUGACUGUAGUUCAAAAGAAACAAAAUACAGGCGAGCAGGAAACGGUCAUGACCAUGGUCAUAAUCAUUAUCAUCAUCUCAGACCAAUGAGCAAAUUUAAUCGAAGACGGAUUCGAAGAAAUGGAAGAAAGUCCAGCCGAAAGGUAGGCAGUGACAAUGGAAUAAAGCCAAUGUUAAGUUAUAUUUCCAAGCGUGGUAACGUUAAAUUGUCGAAAAGAAUUACGGAAGACGAAGCCAAAGCUUUGCUGAAUGCCGAGAGCAAAUCGGAGGACUUAAGCCAAAAUCCAUCUAUACAAGUGUUUUCUAGGAACAGUCCUGAAGUAGCAGUGUUGUCUGAUAAAGAGAAACCGUCUUCGUUUGAGGGCAGGAAUAGCCGCCGUGUGAUGCUUCGAGGUGUCGACGACACGUUGUUUUUGAAUCAAGGCAGGAAGGAACUAGUGUUUAGACCACAGAGCAAUAAGGCAAUCAGUAAUCUUUCCGUAUCAUUCCUAGUGAAUUAGUGAAAUAUAUAUUUAUU